AGAGGACAUGAGCUAUAACGAGAGGCUGGACAAACUUGUGUUGUUUUCUCCAGAGCGGCGCAGGCUGGGGUGAGACUGGAUGGACGUUUAUAAGAUUACGAGAGGAAUAGAUAGAGUGGACAGACGAUAUAUUUUUCCUGGGGGUUGAAAUGUCUAAUACAUUUAAGGUGAGAGGAGAUGUGAGCGGCAAGUUUGCUUCUUUCCACUGACUAAUGAGUAGUUGGAGUCUCUGCCUUGGGGGGGAGGGGGAGGGGGGGAGGUGUCACCAAUCCUGACGUGUAAUCCCAUUUGCCCCUCCCAUUUAACCGCAGCAUCUGCGCUGGCCCCGCCUCCCGAUGAUGUAACAAUCUCUCCGCGCAUGUUCACCGUCUCCGGGUGGACGGUGUUAUCCUCUCCGCUCAGAGUUGAAGAGUGUCGGCUGUGUGUUCGGGAAAGACUUUCGACUCUUCCUUCGAGAUCAUUGUCUGCGGGCCGAAGAUAUCUCUUCCCCAUCGUUAGACCUGCAGUGAGAGAUUUAUUGGAAGAAAAACCACGACUGAAGACGAGGGAACAGCAACAAGUGAACCAGCCCGAGGAUUGAGAGCACCGACUGGAGAGGACCCAUCUGACUCGGAGAUUCCAUUGAUUCAGUCCGGAGAAAGUUUGGUUAAAAACUGGAAGGAAUAUGUCUCCAGGAACCUCAAACACGGCACAACAAUUUAUUUGUCUCUGUCUAGAUAAUUAAGAAGUGGAGCAAGGGAUUCAAUCGACCAUCCUUCCUGCUCAGACUGUGGGGAGGGAUUCUCUUGGUCAUCUGACCAACUAGCAAGCCGGGCAUUUUACACAGGAGAGAGGCCAUUCAGCCGCACAGACAGUGGGAAUGGAUUCACUCGGUCAUUUCAACUGAAGGUACAUCAGCAAUUUCACACUGGGCAAGGCCAUUCAUCUGUUCUGUGUGUGAGAAAGGAUUCUAUCGGGCAUCCCACCUGUGGACACACCAGUCAGAUGACACUGGGCAGAGCUGGUCAUCUGCUGAAUUUCGGGGAAGGGAUUCUUUCGGUCAUCUGACCUAAUGGCACACCAGCGUGUUCAAACCAGGGGGCAGGCAUUCACCUGCACAGUCUGCGGGAAGGGAUUCACUGCAUCAUCCAACCUACAGAGACAUCAGCGAGUUCACACUGGGGAGAAGCCGUUCACCUGCUCAGUCUGUGGGAAGGGAUUCACUCAGUCAUCCCACCUACAGAGUCAUCAGCGAGUUCACACUGGGGAGAAGCCGUUCACCUGCUCAGUCUGUGGGAAGGGAUUCUCUCAGUCAUCCAACCUACAGAAUCAUCAGCGAGUUCACACUGGGGAGAAGCCGUUCACCUGUUCAGAAUGUGGGAUAGGAUUCACUCAGUCAUCCCAACUACUGGCACAUCAGUCAGUUCAUAAUGGUGAGUGGCCAUUCACCUGCUCAGUCUGUGGGAAGGGAUUCACUCAGUCAUCCAACCUACAGAGUCAUCAGCGAGUUCACACUCGGGAGAAGCCAUUCACCUGCUCAGUCUGUGGGAAGGGAUUCACUCAGUCAUCCCAACUACAGAAUCAUCAGCGAGUUCACACUGGGGAGUGGCCGUUCACCUGCUCAGAAUGUGGGAAAAGAUUCACUCAGUCAUCCACCCUACUGAGUCAUCAGCGUGUUCACACUGGGGAGAGGCCAUUCACUUGCUCAGUCUGUGGGAAGGGAUUCUCUCACUCAUCCACCCUACAGAGACACCAGCGAGUUCACACUGGGGAGAGGCCAUUCACCUGCUCAGUCUGUGGGAAGGGAUUCACUCAGUCAUCCAUCCUACGGAGUCAUCAGCGAGUUCACACUGGGGAGAAGCCAUUCACCUGCUCAGUCUGUGGGAAGGGAUUCACUCAGUUAUCCAGCCUACAGAGUCAUCAGCGAUUUCACACUGGGGAGAAGCCAUUCACCUGCUCAGUCUGUGGAAAGGGAUUCACUCGGUCAUCCAUCCUACAGAGUCAUCAGCGAGUUCACACUGGGGAGAAGCCGUUCACCUGCUCAGUCUGUAUGAAGGGAUUCACUCAGUUAUCCAGCCUACAGAGUCAUCAGCGAGUUCACACUGGGGAGAAGCCAUUCACCUGCUCAGACUGUGGGAAGAGUUUCACUCGGUCAUCCCAACUAUUGGCACACCAGUCAGUUCAUACUGGGGAGAAGCCAUACACCUGCUCAGUCUGUGGGAAGGGAUUCUCUGAGUCAUCCAGAUUACAGAGUCAUCAACGAGUUCAUACUGGGGAGAAGCCAUUCACCUGCUCAGACUGUGGGAAGGGAUUCACUCAGUCAUCCAAUCUACAGAAUCACCAGCGAGUUCACACUGGGGAGACGCCGUUCACCUGCUCAGUCUGUGGGAAGGGAUUCACUCGGUCAUCCCACCUACAGAAUCAUCAGCGAGUUCACACUGGGGAGAAGCCAUUCAUCUGCUCAGAAUGCGGGAAGGGAUUCACUCAGUCAUCCACCCUACUGAGUCACCAGCGAGUUCACACUGGGGAGAAGCCAUUCACCUGCACAGUAUGUGGGAAGGGAUUCACUCGUUCAUCCACCCUACAGAGUCAUCAGCGAGUUCACAUUGGGGAGAAGCUGUUCACCUGCUCAGUCUGUGGGAAGGGAUUCACUCAGUUAUCCAGCGUACAGAGUCAUCAGCGAUUUCACACUGGGGAGAAGCCGUUCACCUGCUCAGACUGCGGGAAAGGAUUCACUCAGUCAUCACAACUACUGGCACACCAGUCAGUUCACAGUGGGGACUGGUCGUUGUUAUGAAUCCCUGGGUUUCGUUUGCUGUGGACUGUCAUUUUAAGAGAGAGAGACAGGCAUUAGGAUGCCGACUCAGUCUGACUUGCAGCUUGUUUUCAUUGCUCGCAGCUUGUUUAAUUUUAACCGAGGACACAGACACUCAGAGUCAGAUGGAGACAAAGGAGGAAAAAUGGAAGGAUCGAAACCAGGGAACUAGUGGCCAAGGGUCACUGUUUGGAACUUUCCUAUGCCCACAAGGAUGGGUUAAUUAUUGAUUCACCGUACAUCAAAUGUGUGGUUGUCACCUCAUUUGAUCCUUAAGAGUGGAUAGGAUUUGGCGCAUCCUGUGGAGACCACUUAUGUGUUAACCCUUGCCUGGCUGUGGUGUGGCAGUUCACGAAGACGAUACCGCUUGUGACAAGUCACUUUCGAUGAUAAUUUGUAUGUGGAUUUGGAACGAUGAUGUACAAAAUCUCCAGCAACUCUUCUCUCGUUUUACCACCGUGGAACCUGUGCAAUUCUACAUAUUUGCCUUCUCUCGCCAUUUACCCUGGAUUAUAAGUCUCUCCCUCUCAUCGCCUAUUCUGUAGUUGAACUGAACUUUAAUGCUUUAUCAUCUCAACACUGUAAGCCUUGUUUCCCCCGAGCUCAAUAGUUUGGGAGUUAUAUUUACACACAUUUAUAAAUGUAACACUAUUAACUUCUGUUUAU